GUUUGUCACCUUCUUCACUUGGGCCUUCACCUUCAAACCUUUGUUUUCUUCCAAAAGUUCACUAGUAUUAAGUUACACUUUCUCCAUUAAUCGACAUAUAGACAAAAAAAGGCUGAAAGCAAAGAGAAUGGGUAGAUCACCUUGUUGUGACAAAGAUGGCCUCAAGAAAGGCCCAUGGACUCCCGAGGAAGACGCCAAGCUCGUUCGGUAUGUUCAGACGCACGGCCCGAGAAAUUGGAGAGCCCUUCCCAAAAAUGCCGGGCUCGAAAGAUGUGGGAAGAGUUGUCGACUCCGGUGGACGAAUUACCUUAGGCCCGAUAUCAAGAGAGGAAGGUUCUCAUUUGAGGAGGAAGAAACCAUAGUUCAACUCCAUAGUGUACUUGGCAACAAAUGGUCGGCAAUCGCGGCCCGUCUACCCGGGAGAACCGACAACGAGAUCAAGAAUUACUGGAAUACCCACAUUCGAAAGAGGCUCCUCAAAACAGGUAUCGACCCGGUUACCCAUGCCCCGCGGCUCGACCUACUCGACCUAUCCUCCCUCCUCACCUCCCCUCCGGCUCUCAAUCUCCCGAGCCUCCUCCAACUUGCAUUGAGUCUUGUCUCGCAAAACGAGAGCCCACCAUUAGUCGACCCGGCCCAUCACCACCCGGGCCCACUCCUCCAACCUAACUGGUUUGAAAAUAUUAUCGCUGCCCACCAAGCCCACCCAUCAAACCUAGCAACUUUCGCUUUUCUCAAUACGCUCCAAUCGGGACUCCCGACCAUGGGACCCACGGACUCGACCGGCCGAAUAAUCCACGAUAAUUUAACGACGAGAGUUGCUAAUACAAACGAUGAUCAUAGCCUACCGACCGAUUACUCGAGCUUUCGAUUGUGCGACAAUUUGGGGUUCGAUGGCUUGUUUUUGUCGACUUCGAACAUGUGUAGCCCGACAGCUCCCAUGAACUCGGGAUCGGCCGCCUUUAUCGAUGGCGGCGUGGAGGAAUAUGAGAGGGAGAGUUUUUGCAGUAGCUUGUUGAGGUUUGAGAUUCCAGAGGGUUUGGAUUUUGAGGAGAUUAUGUGAGAUUUAUGAGUAAUUAUAUUUUGUUUAUGUUAGAUUAUUCACUUGUGAGUCCUUCAUAAGAAGCCGGAGUCGGGUGUCCAAGCCCUACUAGAAACUGGUUGGAAAACCGGUAGUUUAGGUUAUUAGUUUACAAAGAUUUGCUUUGUCAUAAGUGUAGUAGAAUAUUAUUUGUUUUCAUGUUUUUUGCAAUCUAUAAAGAACAUAUAUUUUGUUAUCAGAGAUUAGUGGAAUAUUAUGUACGAAAUUUGGAUCUGGGAAGUAUGAUAUGCAUUAUAUUGAGAGG